CUUAUCCCCUCUCGACUUAUCACUGUUUGUCCAAUUAGCUCUAUUCUUGUUACAAUAGAGCCGCUGCAGUGUCCACAAUUGACGAAAAGUUCAAGUUGCCCUCUAGACUCACCCCCACGCAGAAAAAUAUUUGGUAAAAUUUACACCUUUUUGGUUUCUUGGGGUUUUCUUUUUUCCAGGAUAGAAUAUGUCCAGCUAGCUGAGGACUACAAGCCCUUGAAUUUAGGGCUAGGGUUCCCAGACUACCCUCCUCCGAACUACGUCACCCAAACUUUAGCCCAAAUUGCUAAAUGUGGUGAUUGUCUUCUCCAUCAGUACACUCGGGAUUAUGGUCACCCUCGACUUGUGUCCGCCCUUUCCCAACUCUACUCCAGACUACUAAAACGCCCAAUUAACCCUCAAACCGAAAUUUUAACCACCGUUGGAGCCUUCGAAGCUUUCUUUUCGACCAUAAUUGGCCACGUAGACCAAGAGGAUGAAGUCAUCAUCAUUGAACCCUUCUUCGAGUGUUACGAGCCGAUGGUCAAAAUGGCUGGAGGCGUCCCCAAAUUUAACCCUCUGCGACUAAAAGAUCUUCCACCCAAUCAAGUACCUACCUCUGGUGACUGGAACCUCGACAAAGACGAACUCGAGGGUCUCUUCACCCCCAAAACCAAGCUACUUGUGCUAAAUAACCCCCACAACCCCCUCGGCAAAGUGUUCAAACUUGAAGAACUCCAACACAUCGCGGAUUUGUGCAAAAAGUGGAAUGUGUUAUGUAUUUCUGACGAAGUCUACGAAUGGAUUGUCUACAAACCCAACAAACAUAUUCGAAUCGCUACUCUUCCUGGAAUGUGGGACAGGACUAUCACUAUUGGUUCGGCUGGGAAAACCUUCAGUGUCACUGGGUGGAAGCUAGGAUGGGCCUAUGGCCCCUCUAACUUGCUCUACAAUUUGCAAAUGGUCCACCAGAACUUUGUCUACACUGGAAACACACCCAUCCAGGAAGUUGUAGCUAUUGGGUUGGAAAAUGAGCUCGAAUGUCUAGAUCGGGAUGAUUGUUAUUUUAAUUCUAUUUCGUCGGAGCUGGUGGUUAAGAGGGACUUUAUGGUGUGACGGGCUUGGGAGAUUUUCAAAAUUAACUUUUGUUAAUUUAUUAUAUAUAAAACUGUAAAACUCUUGUCGCGGACCUUGUGCCCGACAUAUAGUGAAAAUAUUAUUUAUUUGUUCGUAGGCUGGUUCGUGAUGAUGGUAACACAUUCUAGUGACUGGACAAAGGGACUACUUCAAGUAUAUGCAUUUUGCUUAAAUGAAUAAUUAUAUUUAAUUUAGAAAUGAGUAUGUACAAAAGAGAUUUAGUCAUAUGAGAAUAAUUUGGUAUAACAAUAAAUUGUAGUGUAGUUUAAUAUGCAAAUAUAAUUAUCAGAAAAUGAACUUCAGUAUUAAAACAUUUUUAAAUAAAUUCAAGAAAACUUUAUAACUUUGAAACUAAAU